AUGUUUCGGUCGGGUACAUUUUUCUCACCCAAUGUGUCAAAAAUAUAUGCUAAUACAAUAAAUGCUAGAAGUUUUAAUAGUGGUAGGCUUAAUGGCAAAGUUGCUAUAGUAACAGCGUCUACUGAAGGAAUAGGUUACGCUAUAGCUAAGAGAUUAGGUCAAGAAGGUGCAUCAGUAGUUAUAAGUAGCAGAAAAGAAGAAAAUGUACAAAAAGCUACAGCCAGCCUCCGAGAAGAUGGCAUCAAAGUGGAGGGGCUUGUAUGCCAUGUGGCCAACGCUGAGCAUAGAAAAAAAUUAUUUGAUUUUGCAAAAAGUAAAUUUGGUGGCAUUGAUAUUCUUGUUUCAAAUGCUGCUGUAAAUCCUGCAGUUUCACCAAUAUUAGAGACGGAUGAAAACGUUUGGGAUAAAAUAUUUGAAGUAAACGUAAAAUGUUCGUGGCUGUUAGCAAAAGAGGUGUAUCCUGAUCUUAUCAAGCGAGGGGGUGGUAGUAUAGUUUUUAUUUCCUCAAUUGCAGGCUAUCAGCCAAUGGAGCCUUUGGGACCAUACAGCGUCAGCAAAACGACGCUGAUUGGUUUAACUAAAGCCAUUGCAAACGAAAUUGUACAUGACAACAUCAGGGUUAACUGCGUUGCACCUGGAAUAGUGGCUACGAAGUUUGCUUCUGCGAUAACCUCAUCUGAUAUAGGAAAAGAGAAAAGCCUAUCAAUAGUGCCUAUGAAACGAUUUGGAAAGCCAUCUGAAAUAGCCGGCGCAGUCGCUUUCUUAGUAUCUGACGACGCAAGCUACAUGACCGGCGAGACUCUGGUUGUUGCUGGUGGAACGCAUGCUCGCCUU